AUGUUGCAAAUUAGAGCCUUCGCCGAAUUGGUACCCGAGAUUAAUCAAGGGGCUGAGAUCCAUCCCGCCUGUUUCGUGACGCCCGAAGACACCAAGGACGUCGCAACCACGAUCAAGAUCUUGACUUCAGCCUCCGUUCCCUUCACGGUCAAGAGCGGUGGCCACACAGCCUUUGAUGGAAGAUCCAAUAUUGCGCACGGCGUGACCAUUGAUUUAGUACGUCUCAAUCAGAUCACCCUGUCCGACGAUCGCCAAACCAUCUCAGUCGGACCUGGCAACCGAUGGGACAACAUCUCGGAAACACUUGACCCGCUGAGUCUUGCUGAUGUGAGCGGACGAGUCAGCGAUGUCGGCAUCGGCGGGCUCAUCCUCGGUGGUGGCAUAUCGUACUUUUCGGGACGCUACGGAUGA